GACAGCGAUGAGUGCGCGCCGCGAUGGUCAACGAAAUUCCGCCGACGCCGCCGCCGCGUCCGAAACUGAAAUCGUAACCGAAACCAAAACUAAAACCGAAACCAAACCCGAAACCGAAUCCGAACCCGAAACCGAUUCAAUGCUCAAGAUAAUGACUGCGACGCCGGCAUCAGCGACAAGAGCAACGACAACAGCAACGGCAACGACAUCAGCGUUGACGGCGCUGACAACGGUUAACGCUCAAAAUAAAUGCGCGACGGCAGCGCCAACGACUUUUAGUUAUCUGAGAGCAGCGAAGCGUUGCGCACGCCUCGAACAAACAACAGUCGCAGCAACGAAAGCACAAGCGCAAGUCCAAGCAACAGCACCAGCACCAACAGACGAAGAAGAGGAAGCUUUCCCGAAAGAGAGCACAACAUUAAGAGAGACAGACACUCUGCGUGCGAUUCCAUGUGAACGACAGCUUUGUCUCGCUGAGCACAAGGCGCAACUGCGCGCAGCUUUUUUCCAGGAUCUUAACGCUUUUACAGCGCAACAACAACAACAACAUCAGCCACAGCCACAGCCACAGCCACAACGGCGACUUCCAGUUAGAGAGAUCGAAACGGAAGCUCUUCGUUCCAGGACGCCCAUACAGCAGCUGAUUGAAAAGUUUCAGGCAAUGAUUGUGCAGCAGCCAGCAGCAGCGGAGGCGCCGGGGCAGCUGAAGCCAGCUGUGAUUGCGAGCAGCGCUGCCAACUCGGACGAGGGCUGCAAUGCGGGCGGCAUCAGUCCAUGCAGCAGCGACAAUGAGUGCGACGCCGUUGCCCGGCGUAAGCCGAAAGUGACGCGCUGUGCGAGCAGCGACUCGGCGCUGGGCCUGGAAGUGGACGACGUCAAUAUGGAGACGCUGCCGUCGCCGCAGCGACGCAUGACAUUAACAGUUACCGAUUUGCCGUUGCGACCGGCUCUGCUGCCACUAGCCGAGCCGACAGCUCUGCCAGACUCGCCGCUGACCUCGCCGACCAGCGCCACCGCCGCCAUCGGCAUGGGCGUGGGUGUCGGCGGGGGCGUGCCAACAAAAGUGUUGCUGGAGGAGCGCGUCGUCGCGGCGCUGGCAGCGCCACCCGGUUCACGGCGCGAAUCCACGCAAAGCUGCGUUAGCGAGCAGGGCGGAAUGCCGGGCGUGCGUUACGUGCGAACGCCUUCGGUGGUCGUCUCGGACUAUUCGGAUGAUAUAACCGCAUGCGGCAUCAGCAUGGAGGAGAUGGAGUAUUUUCGCCUGCAGCGCUCACGCGGCCAGCGUCGCUGCUCGCUGGAAGCGAGUGCCGCUGCCGCCGGCAGCAUCGGCGGCGCCAAGGAUGAAGCUCAGUCGGAUGUGAGUGCGGCGAGCAGCUGCAGCAACCUUUACUAUUGCGGCUCCACCAUCUCGGCGCUGGACGGCGGCGAGUGCAUUGUGAACGGCAUUCGCGUCGCACUCGCCCGCAAGUCGAGCAACAGCAGCAGCGGCGAGCUGAGCGGCGGCGAUGACGAGGACAUAGACAUCGAGCAGCAGCAGCAGCAGCAGAAGCAGCAGCAGCAGCAGGAGCAGCAGGAGCAAGAGCGAGAGCGUCAGCUGAGCGAGCUUUUGGCUGCUACGCAGCUCGGCGAUGGCACUAAGAAGGUAGGCAGCAGCAGGCAGCGCUGCAGCGACGACGGCAACGAUGGCAGCGACGGCAGCGUCACAAUUAUAGGAAAUCUCAAUUAAGAUUAAAAGACACACAAUGUAGGAUGGGGGGUUGAGCAGGGGCGGGCUGUGUAGGGGGCAGUGGGUAGAUGGUAUGUGUGUGUGUGUGUUGUGUAUUGUUGUUUUAAAUUUAGUAUAUCUAUUAUAGGCAUAUACAUAUACAUAUAUAUAAUUGUUUUUUUUUUUUUUUUGAUGAUGUAGAGAGUUCGAGAUAUUAGAGUUAGAGAAGUGGGUGGGGCGGGCGGGCGCAAGUGAGUACAGGUAAUUAAUUUGCCGCUUAUCUUAUCGCCAGGCAAGAUUCCAUUGCUGUGGAACGAACUACGGGUGGGUUUUUAGUAUAUAAUGUGUAUAUAUACAUGUAUAUACAUAUAUAUAAACUUUUUUUUUUGUAUCUUAUGAGUCGACGCCGACAAAUGAUGAUGUUGAAAUUGGGUGCGCUAAUAGAAGUUGUGGCAGCGACCUCAGCUAUAUACAUAUGUAUAUCUACAAACAUAUAUACAUAACUGUGCUAUCACAACACACACAGAGCAGACACACAUACACACACACACACACACAAACACGGGCAAUCACAAACGACGGACGCUUAUCUUAGUGAUUAACUCUGUAUAUUUUAGUAUUAUAGAUAUAUACAAUGCGCCUAUAUGUGUAUUAUUUCUCCUGUGUAUAUACGUUCUAUAUAUCAAGAAAUCCAGACAGAUAGACAGUAUUGUGUAAAGUAAAUAAAGAAAACUUGGAUUAUACAUACAUAUACAUAUA